UGCAGCUUCAUGGCGUCCGAAGAGAUGCACUGGCCUGUGCCCAUGAAGGCCAUUGGUGCCCAGAACCUGCUUACUAUGCCUGGUGGCGUGGCCAAGGCAGGCUACCUGCACAAGAAAGGAGGUACCCAGUUGCAGCUGCUCAAAUGGCCCCUGCGCUUUGUCAUCAUUCACAAGCGCUGUGUGUACUACUUCAAAAGCAGCACGUCAGCCUCCCCACAGGGAGCCUUCUCGCUGAGUGGAUACAACCGGGUGAUGCGUGCGGCCGAGGAGACCACAUCCAACAAUGUCUUCCCCUUCAAGAUCAUCCACAUCAGCAAGAAGCACCGCACCUGGUUCUUCUCUGCAGCCUCUGAGGAGGAGCGCAAGAGCUGGAUGGUCUUACUGCGUCGGGAGAUCGGCUACUGCCAGGAGAAGAAGGAGCUAUCCCUGGACACCAGCGACUCCAGCUCCGACUCCGAUAGCUUCUAUGGUGCAGUAGAGCGACCUGUAGACAUCAGCCUGUCGCCAUACCCCACAGACAAUGAAGAUUAUGAGCAAGAUGAUGAGGAAGAGUCAUACAUGGAACCUGACUCACCAGAGCCAUCCCCACUUGAAGAUGCCCUGAGCCACCCUCCAGCCUACCCCCCACCCCCUGUGCCCACACCCCGGAAGCCGGCCUUCUUUGACAUGCCUCGCGCCCACUCUUUCACUUCCAAGGGCCCGAGCCCCCUGCUGCCUCCCCCACCCCCGAAGCGCAGCCUUCCCAACGUGGGUUUUAUCUCUGACACCACCAAGAUAGACCUGCUGGGGCACAGGCAGGCUGAGCUAGGCUCUUGGGCUCCUGCUGCCUCCCGCAGGCUCAGUGACCCCCCACUGGCCGGCACAGUCUUGGCACCCAACCUGCGGAAGCUCCCUUGCUUCCAGGAACCCUGUGAUCCCAGCCUGGAUACCCACGCUCCCAUCCCAGUGGCCUCCUGCCCCUCCCACGUCACCAACACCACCACUGUCGCCUCCAGGAACUGUGACAAGCUCAAGUCCUUUCACCUGACUCCCCGGAGGCCACCCAUGCCUAAGCCCCUGGCAGUACCCCCUCCUGUGCCUGCCAAUAAGCCCAAGUUCCCGAAGGGAGUCAGUGACACUCCCUGGAAAGAGACUGCCAGGCCUGAGCCCUUUGUGCCCCCCGUGGUACGCAGGCCGCCUGUGCUGAAGCUGCCUCAGCCCGAUGGCCCUGAUGACCGGCCACCACCCCUGCCCAAGACGGAGAAGCCAUCUGUGCCCCACCUGCAGCGAUCGCCACCCGAUGGGCAGAGUUUCCGAAGCUUCUCCUUCGAAAAGUCCUGGCAGGCGAUGCCCGCCCCUAGCAGGGAUGACUCAGACGAGGAUUACGAGAAGGUGUCCUUGCCCAGUUCCAUUUUCAUCAACACCACUGAAUCCUGUGAGGUAGAAAGAUUGUUCAAAUCCUCGAGCCCUGGCGGGGAACCCCGGGAUGGUCUUUACUGCCUCCGGAACUCCUCCACCAAGUCAGGAAAGGUCCUGGUCGUCUGGGACGAGACUUGCAGCAAAGUGAGGAACUACCGUAUCUUUGAGAAGGACUCUAAAUUCUACCUGGAGGGCGAGGUCCUGUUCUCGAGCAUGGGCAGCCUCGUGGAGCACUACUCCACCCACACGCUGCCCAGCCACCAGAGCCUGGUGCUCCAGCGUCCUUACGGCUACGUGGGUCCCCAGUGACACUGCCCAC